AUGCAGGGUCACGGAAGGUGCUUGAAACUCUUUCUUGCAUUUGCUCUGCUUUUGCUACAGUACACCCAAGGAGGAGAGGUGGACAAAAGUCAGAGGGAUACUAACGUGACCAUAAGAUGCAUAGAGAGGGAAAGGCAAGCACUCCUUGCAUUCAAACGUGGCCUGGUGGAUAAGUCCGAUUUACUCUCUUCAUGGGGUUCAGAAGCCCAGAAACAAGAUUGUUGCAGAUGGGUGGGAGUCUCUUGUAGCAACCAAACUGGCCAUGUUCUUCAACUUGAUCUUUCAAACGAAUUUGACAAUUUUCAAGGUAAGAUGAUUAGUCCUAAACUGAUUGAGUUGCACCAUUUAAAACAUUUGGACCUUCAUGGGAUUAAUUUCAAUGGGAGCCAAAUUCCACAUAUCAUUGGUUCUCUAUCCAAUUUAAGAUACCUUGAUCUGUCUUGGACUUAUUUUGGUAGCAAGUUUCCAAGUCAGGUCGGAAAUCUUACGAACUUGGUGUAUCUCGACUUAAGUGGUAAUGACUUUACAAAUGCUGAAUAUCUCAAUUGGCUUCCUCUUCUUUCGUCAUUAAGAUAUUUAGACUUGAGUUUCACGAAUCUCAGCAAUGUUGUCGAUUGGCCAGAAGCCGUUAAUAAGCUUCCUGAACUAACAAAAUUGACAUUAGCGUAUUGUGAUCUCCCUUCUCCAAUUCUUUCCACUCUUUCUUACAUAAACUCUUCUAAAUCUCUUGCUAGCGUUGACCUAUCUUCAAACCAUUUGAGUACUUCUUCAAUAUUCCUCUGGUUGUCCAACUAUAAUACUAGCCUUGUUCAUCUUUCCCUCUCUUAUAACCUUCUAGCCGGUUCAAUUCCUGAUGUUUUUGGAAACAUGAGCUCUCUGGCACAUCUAUAUCUCACUGAUAACCAACUUGAAGGAGGGGACUCGCAUUCUUUUGCCAGGUUAUGUAGUUUGCAAUCAUUGUAUCUCUCAAGGAAUAAUCUGAGUGGACAACUUUCAAAGUUUGUUCAAAUAUUAUUCUCUACAUGUGCUCAAAACUCAUUGGAGGAGUUGUAUCUCUCUGAGAAUGAUCUUGCAGGGUCUUUACCCGAUCUUACAAACUUUUCAUCUUUGGAACUCUUGCGUCUUAAUAACAAUCAAUUAAGCAGAGUAAUUUCAGAAACUCAUUUCUCAAAACUCUCCAAAUUACAGCAUUUGGAUUUAUCUUCUAACUCGCUAGUUUUAGACAUCCAUGCUAAUUGGAUUCCUCCUUUCCAACUGAACUACAUAGGUUUAGGGUCUUGCAAGAUGGGUCCGGAUUUCCCAAAGUGGCUUCAAACUCAAAAGGAUUUCUCAUACCUUGAUAUUUCUAAUGCUGGAAUUUCCGACAUCUUUCCAAGUUGGUUUUGGAGUUUAUGUCGUAAUGUGAAAUUUAUGAAUCUCACAAGCAACCAAAUUAGAGGUACAUUUGCAAAUUUGAUAGUGGAAUUUUCAUAUUUCCCUAUACUAGAUCUAAGUUCGAACAAGUUGGAAGGUCCAAUCCCCUCAAUUCUAUCAAAAGCCUCAUAUCUGGAUCUCUCUUAUAAUAAACUUUCAGGGUCAAUUUCAUUCUUGUGUUCAAGUGCAGCUAUUUCUUUAGGCUUUCUUGACCUCUCAAGAAACAAUUUUUCUGGACAAGUUCCAGAUUGCUUGACACAUUUGGAGAAUUUAGUCCUGCUUGAUUUGAGUUACAAUGCUUUGUCUGGGAAAAUUCCUACAACAAUAGGCUAUGUAUUUCGGAUUGAAACACUCAAAUUAAGAAGCAAUAGAUUUGUGGGACAAUUGCCUUCGUCGUUGACAAAUUGCACAAGGUUAGAAGUCGUUGAUGUUGGGGAUAAUAAAUUAUCCGGACCAAUACCUGAAUGGUUAGGGGUUAGCUUAAAGAAUUUGGUUAUCUUGAUGCUUUCCUCUAAUCACUUGAAUGGAAGCCUGCCCUCACAAUUAUGCCAUCUAAUACGAAUUAAAAAUUUGGAUUUCUCUAUGAACAACAUCUCUGGAAGAAUACCUUCAUGCCUCAACAAUUUGACUGCUCUGUCUCAGAAAGGACAUUCAAGUCUAACAAGCACACAUUUGUAUAACAUUUCUACUAAUCAACAUUCAUAUUUGUAUGAUUAUGACAAUGAUGCAACCUUCAUGUGGAAAGGAGGAAUGCGGACAUACAAAAGUACUUUGGGGCCUGUGAAGAGAAUUGAUCUGUCAAGCAAUAAAUUAACAGGGGAGAUUCCAAGUGAAAUCACUCAUCUUGUUGGGUUGGUUUCUUUAAACCUAUCGAGAAACCAAUUAACAGGUGAAAUAACUCCAGAGAUCGGAAAGUUGCAAUCACUGGAUUCUCUUGAUUUGUCAAGAAACCAUAUAUACGGAAGAAUUCCAACAAGCCUUAAUGGGAUAGAUCGUCUUGGUUUCUUGGACUUGUCAUAUAACAACUUGUCUGGCAAAAUUCCAGUCGGGACUCAGCUCCAAGGCUUUGAUCCCUCUUUUUUUGCUGGGAAUCUUCAACUCUGUGGACCUCCACUUAAAAAGAUGUGUGCUGAUGAAGUGGAAAAAGGUCCAAGUGAGCAAACUGACUUCAUCAACCAAGAGGACAAAGAUGAGCUAAUAACACCGGGAUUCUACAUUAGUAUGGGGCUUGGAUUUGCUGCUGGAUUUUGGGGAGUUUGCGGCACCUUGAUAUUUUCAAGGUCAUGGAGGUACACAUACUUGAAGUUCUUGAAUGGUUUAAAUGAUUGGCUUUUUGUGAGGAUAGCUUUGUUGAAGCGGCAAUUGAAGGAUGCUUAA